AUGGUACAAGAAAGCACUUGUACAUGCUUUGGCUUGCUGGCCCAUCAAGUGGUGACCGCAGUCUCGAGAGCCUGCAGCUUUGUAUCCGACAAAAAGCACAACCCUCGCGAUGACCUCAAACUUUCGAGAGGAUCCACUCGAGACAGUACUACCGAGCUAGAUCAGAGAUCAUGCGGUGCUGAAGAUAACAAUGGUCCGGGAAGUGAUGAUGAAGACGUGCUCACUUCACUUGGUACGUCAAUUCGAGCGUGGCGGGUUUACCAUCGAGAAAAGCGAGCACAUGACUAUACCAAGACCAGGUUGGUCGAUUCCAUCAGACGAGAAGCGGCGCUUGCAAACCAAAUGACGCGUGUUGGUGGAUCUGUCGAAGGCAUCGAGCGCAUAUUGAUGAGGCUGGAAGAUCUUGGAGCUGCCGUCGUCAACGCGAAGGGAUGUUUGCUUGGUGCUGCAGUGACCAGGCAAGCAGCAGACAAAGACGUCGAGUGCACGCUCGACGAUCCGUGCCAAGUGGACCCUGAUCGUAUCCAGGAAGCAGAAGCAGCCGCCUUGCAUUGGAAAACACAGUGCCAGCAACUACUGCCAAAACUGGCAGCAAGUAAUUUGGAGAAGGACCGACUUACGGGUGAGCUCCGAAUGGCCAAGAAAACGGCAGUGUUGAUGAUGAACCGGCAAUACGGUCAACUUGAGGCGCUGAAUGGCACUCACCAUCAGUCGCUUCCACGCAUUCCUCGACGCCGUAGAAAUGAUGUAAAAAAACGAUCGUACAGCGACAUUGUGAUGACGUGA